AUGCCCGUUACAUUAGUAGACAGGUUGCCCUUGCCAAAUCUCAAGGUUUAUACAGCGGGAAGUGUUUCACUGCUUUCAAUAGCUGUUUAUUACGCUUUAAGUGUAACUAGUGAUCCAAACUGGCGUGCAAACUCCACGCUAGCCCGACAGGACUCAAUGGAGUCUGGGCAAGGUGAGCAGCGACCAAUACCGGCCCAGUUACAGUCCAAUGGUACCAGAAAUGUAUCAGAGCAGUUUGUGGAUGUCAUAACAUUUAUGAUGCAGGAACCACUAUGCAUGUGGACCCUGAUCAACAUAGCGUACUGCUCACUGGCGGUGUUCGGGUUCGCGGUGCAGCGGCUAGUGUUCGGGCCGCUUCGCGUGGCCGAGGCACAGCGCGUCAAAGACAAGUUCUGGAAUUACGUGUUCUACAAGUUCAUCUUCGUGUUCGGCGUCAUCAACGUGCAGUAUAUGGAUGAGGUGCUGCUCUGGUGCUCCUGGUUCACGCUCGUCGGCUUCUUGCACCUGCUCGGCCAGUUGUGCAAGGAUAGGUACGAAUAUCUGUCGUCGUCGCCCCACACGGGCGGCUGGGCCCACGUGCGGCUGGCGUGCCUGCUGGCCGGCAUCCUGGCCGCCGCCGCCGCGCUGCUGGCCGCCGCCGCCGUCUGGGGGCUGCCGGCCGGACGCGACACUUUCGCCUUUAUGGCGGCCGAGUGCGUGCUGGUGCUGGUGAGCGCGCUGCACGUGGCGGCGCGCUACGCGCUGGCGCUGUGCGCGGCCGACGCGGCCGGCGCGGCGGCCUACUACGUGGCGCUGGGCUUCGAGGCGGCGGCGCUGCUGGCCGAGCUGGCGCUGGCGGCGGCGCAGGUGGCGCAGUGCAGCAUGCUGGUGUCCAUGGCGUCGCUGGUGCUGCUGCUGCAGCUGCGCCACCUGCUGCACGAGCUGCAGGCGCGCCUGCGCCGCCACCGCCUCUACACGGCGCUCGCCACGCACAUGAGCCGCAAUUAUCCAAUGGCUAGCAAAGAAGAAGUGGAAAAGAAUCAGGAUAACUGCGCCAUCUGCUGGGAGCCAAUGAAGGAGGCACGCAAGCUACCCUGCUCCCACCUGUUCCACAAUUCGUGCCUGUGCCAGUGGGUGCAGCAGGACGCGUCGUGUCCAACAUGUCGUCGUGCUCUGGCCGCGGGUCCGGCCGCGCCGCGCCAGGACGCCGCUCGCCACCCCAACCAUCUAUUCCACUUCGACGGGUCCCGCUACGUGUCGUGGCUGCCGAGCUUCUCGGUGGAGGUGACGCGCGUGCGGCCCGAGGCGGCGCUGGCGGGCGCUCAGCUGGACGCCGCCGCCGCGCAGCUGCAGCUCAUGUUCCCGCAGCACUCGCGCGCCGCGCUGGCCGCCGACCUGGCGCGCACGCGCUCCGCAGACCUCACGCUCGACAACAUCCUCGAGGGCCGCCUCCCGCCCGCCGCGCCGCCGGCGCCGCGCCCCGCCCCGCCGCCGCCACGCCCCGCGCCCGCGCGCUCCGACGCCGCCACUAUGGCCGCCGAGCCGGUCGACGGCGUAACCCGCUUCUCGCGCUGCGCGGCCGAGCGCGAGGCGCAGCUGCGACGUCGCAAGCAGCAACUAGUGGAGGCGGCGCGGCGCCGGUACUUGGCGCGCCUGGCGCCGCGCAGCUAA